AUGCGACCUCUGUACAGCUCACCAAAACUCAAGGAUGUUUCAGCAAAACUGUUCGUCAAAUCUCUGGGUCGUACGUAUGUGCGUUGCUUCUGCGAUGGGAACGUAGAAGAUGCGGUUGAUGAUGAUAUCCUCCCCAAACUCCGAAAAAUCAAAAGUUUCGAAAGAAACGAUGUCCAGGAGUUCUUUCCUUUCAUCGACAAACUAAUUGGGGAAGUUCCAAGCCUCAAGAAGUUGCCACUAUUCCAAGGAUACCUCGUCCUGAAUGUAAUGAAUGUGAUGGCUGAUGAGGACGCAACCAUGACUGGGAUCAUUGAUUGGGAGCUGUCCCCGCCUCGACCAUUCGGUGUUGCCUGCUCUGCUAUACACUACCUAGCUGGCGAAAUAAUUGAUGGAGUGACCCGCCAACGUUCAGCAUUUGAGGAGAUUGACCGAGGAUUCUGGGAAGAGCUCAUUAGCAAAACACCAAAAGUCGCACAAACGAAGAUAAUGGAUAAUCCUGAAGCAGUUCAGACUGCUUUCCUCUUAGGGACAAUCUUCAAAGCCAUCGAAGUUGCAGGAGACCAGGUCUUUAUCAGUAAGAUGUCUUUACAUCAACUUCCUCUAUUGCUUCGAUAUCGGAUUCCUGCAAUCAGGGGAUCUGGCUUUGCAUAUUCUGGGAAAUUUGAGGAUGGCAUAACUGUUUAG